AUGGAACAAGAGAAGAAUAAAAGAGCAAGAGAAUAUGAUGAUGUUGAAGGCAAGAUUUGGUUUUCUUUUGAGAAUAACAACAACAAGAAAUCCAAAAAGAGAGACAAGAAUAAUGAAGUGGAAGAGAAAGGGUAUCUAGCAUUUGGAGUGUUUGAUUUUCCUUGGUUGAAAGAUGGUGUGAUAUGCAAAUCAGAAGAAUGUUUCAUGGAUUUUGAAGACAGUUUCUUGUCAUUGUUACAAAACCAAGACAAUGGUUGUUUCAAAGUUUCUUCUGGUUUUGAAUUCUUUGAUGAAUGUGAUGGUUUAUGUGAAGAUCCUAAGACAUCAAUGGAAGAUGUUUGGCUUCCAUUUGAGAUUAAUGGAUUGGAGCUUCAAGAUGAGGAUUUGGAUUGUUUUUGGACUUCUUUGCUUAAUGAUUAA